AUGCCGUCGGAGCCCGCAAAAGCCAACGUCAACCUGAACUGUGCUCGAUGCAACAAUCCGGUCGGUGUCUUCGACAACGAAUGGAUCCGCCUCACCAGUUCCUACGUCCGUCCUGCGCAGCCAGGUACACAUUUCGGUACAGAAGUCGCCCGGAGAACUCAGGUGGUUCCUGACGGUGCGACACAGCCAGCUCUUCAAGGAUGCACGCUCUCAGAAGUGUCGUGUAAGAAGUGCUCGACACCGGUAGGCCAAUUUUGCAAAGCAGCCCCGACUCGAGAGCAGGAAUGUCUGAUCGACCAGUACUUCUACAAACUAUCAAGAACGUACCUGACGGAUAGCGGAACGGACGACCAAGUCGACCCAAUGUUUGUCUUUGGAGGAGAUGUUAUCCACGCAAGGCCCCGCGUCGCUAGUCGUCUCAGCCUCCCUUCCGCUACAGCAACAUCUGCUCCAAGAUUGUCGCAGACGCCCUCCCGUGCUCUUGACACGCCUUCACAUCCUCAACCGCAGCCGCCGUCCGAACCACAGCUUCCUUCUUCCUACCAGCGCUCCCCGCUACGCAACGGCGUUAACUUUACGCCCGAUGAUGAUUCAAUUCUGUUGGAAAUGAGACUGAGGUCACAGGAAGAGCGUCUUGCAUCGCAAAAUGCCAGGCUCCAGCAACAGGACACUCACAUACAGCUCUUGACAAGUCUGGUGAAUUCCUGUCGUGAAUCAGUCGAAGAUAUGAAGGCUACACUGCGGGAGCUGCAAUCCAGCAGCGUGGUGUCCCAGACCGGACUGUUGGCAAGGACUGAAUUCGCCGGGAAAGCGAAGGUGACGGAUAUCGCAACGCGACUAGGCCAGUCUGGCAGUGGAGAAGUCGGACAAUUGCGUGCUGAGAAUGCAGCCCUGAAGGCAAGACUUGACAGUAUCGCGUCGGUCAUGGGUGUCGCCUCGGGAAAGGUUCCGCAGACAGUAGCAUUUUCCGGCGCUCAAGGUGUUCUGGGUAAGCGGAAGCGCAACGAUAGUGUCAUCAGAUCAGUGUCUCCCCAGCUUCCAGUUCCUGACAAGCAAGAUGUUGCUUGGUCGACGCAGAUUCCCACUCCGCAGUCUGGCGGUCCACCCGGCACUGAUCUGUUUCACGAUACAUCGACUGCCUCAACGAAUGUCUCCUCGGACGGGGACUCCCGGGCUACGUCGCGGCAACCGAUGCAACGGAGGAAGCAUGGGCAAGAAAGGUCUCGUCCUUCAGCUGACAGAGGGUCCACCGUACCGCGAGGGCGUUCUCAACCUAGAGGAAAUCACAGUGGCUCCGUCGAGGAGGAUUUUGCUCCUGCUCGCAGACUCACGGGAGCCUUACACGAGACCUGUGGUGAUGAAUUGGAGAGGUCGGGCUCUGCUCUGCUUAAUCUGUUCACUCGAAAGACUCUAACAACAGCUACUACUGUGCCAGAAACCUCGGCGCAGCUUGAUGAGCAGCCACUGCCAUCAUCAGUAGCCGGGAAUGGCAUAUCACUUCAACAAAGGAAUAGAGUUCGCCAUGCCCAAGAUGACCUGGUGGCCCCAAUGGAUGUUGAAUCUUCCAAGCCUUCAGGCACCCAUUUCUCAAUCACCAAUGUCGAAUUCAGUGACGACGAUCAAGCAGACGAAUCCUUCCGGCAGAACGAGAAUGUUGAUGUGACCCCUGGUGUGACCCGUGGUGAGACUCAUUCGCAAGGCGUGCAGGACUCGGCACAAAGUGACUCCCACUCUGUACCAAGCCGGCAAACCCGCCGCAAAACUGCACUUGCGCAGGGCAUGCUUCAAACAGGGAAGAGCGACUCCAAAAAGCAUGACAAAGCUUCAGGCGAGGCAAGGGCGCAGAUCCGGGACAAGAACCAGCUCUCCCAGUUGCAGAGUCCUCUCAACCACAUUUCGCCAGCGACCACGGCCGCGCCGCCCCGCACGAUGAAUGAGAAUGGUCGUCCAGAGGAGAUGGCUAAGGCGCUAUCGUCGGAAUCCAGGCAAGAGACAACCGAGAUAGCGUCCAGUCGAAAACAUGAGGUGGAGAAGGCAUCAUGGACUCAAAAGGCGACGACCCAGACAGGCGAUAGUGAACCCCUGGCUGCAGAGAUGAGGCUUACCCGUAGACAGCAACUGGCGGAAGAAAUCCGUCGACGAGAUCAGCUUGCGAAGGAAGCCAUGGAGAUGGACGACUAG